UGUCAGUUGUAAAUAUUUUGAAAAGGAUAACCUUCAUGUCUGCAGAGGUUGCUCAACAAAGCGGAACAGUUUGGUGAUGGCAAAGCAAUGGCAUCACUGGAAAAGAACCAAACCAGUAUGAACCCAGGAGGUGAACAUGAUGAUAAAGCCACAGAUGGUCCCAGUGAUGGGCAGCAGGAUCAGCCCACACAGAGGCGGUGGAAACAACACAGCCGUGACACGUGUCUGAAACGUUUCAGGAAGAUCUCAACUCUGAGAGCUCAUCAACGUACUCAUGCUGGAAAAAAGUCUUAUAGGUGUUACCAAUAUUUGAAGAGAUUCAGAACUUCUGCAGGAAUGAACGUUCAUUGGGAUAAAUGCACCAGAGAAAAGCUUGCCCUAUCAAUAAACAAACUGAAGGAACUACAGUUGGAAGACAAUACUGUUGUUGGCAACGCAACAACGUCACUGAAAGAGAACCAAACCAGUAUGAACCCAGGAGGUGAACAUGAUGAUAAAGCCACAGAUGGUCCCAGUGAUGGGCAGCAGGAUCAGCCCACACAGAGGCGGUGGAAACAACACAGCCGUGACACGUGUCUGAAACGUUUCAGGAAGAUCUCAACUCUGAGAGCUCAUCAACGUACUCAUGCUGGAAAAAAGUCUUAUAGGUGUUACCAAUAUUUGAAGAGAUUCAGAACUUCUGCAGGAAUGAACGUUCAUUGGGAUAAAUGCACCAGAGAAAAGCUUGCCCUAUCAAUAACUGAACUGAAGGAACUACAGUUGGAAGAGAAUACUGUUGUUGGCAACGCAACAAUGUCACUGAAAGAGGUAUGAGAGAUAUAAUUACAGACAUCUGGGCUGUUUCCUUGAAGACGUUUCACUUCUCGUUCAAAAAGCUGUUUCAGUUUUGAAUCUUAUCGG